CCUUAUUCCGCUCCUCCGCGACGACACCAUGAGCUGAGCUGUGCAGUACCGUACAGUAGGUAAGUAUAAUACAUUUCCACAUUUGACACUUCGCAUCCACAGCGCACAAGCCAAUACAAGUAGCAGCAGUAAGCAGCAGCACAGUAAAGUAUGGCGACCACCUCCACCCCCACCGCCACCAUCACCACGCCCAAAACGCAGCCCCACGACGAGGCGCUCCCGCUCCUGGGCGCUAGGGACAGCGUCCACGGGCGCGACAGCAUCCACGGCGCGCUGCUGGAGGACAAGACGCCCGAGAUUCUGUUCCACGAGGACGCCAUCGGCGACACGGACUCGGAGCACGAGGACGACGACGUCGUGUCAACGGACGGCUCGCUCGUGCUGGACGACGAGGCCAAGCUCGUCAUGUGCCGGUCCACUGGUAAGGUGGGCUCCAAGGAGAAGUGGGGCCACGAGCCGCUGGCCGUGGACUUUAAGCUGCUGGGCGUGGGCGUGCAGAUAACCGACGGGGCUGUGGUCAAGGUAGAAGGGUUCUACCUCCCGGACGAGGAGAGAGCCGCGGGUCUGCACGUCUUCGAGCUGCGGGAGGACGAGUUCAUCACCAAGGUGCACCUCUUCCGGCUGCGGCGCGAGAUCCACGCGAUCCAGUUCGUGACGACCCACAGGACGUCCGAGCGCUUCGGAGGCACCAAGCACGGCGAGCUCUGCAAGGCCGUGGAGGCACCCGAGGGGUCCUUCAUCGCCAGCUUCUUCGGAGACGUGGCCAAGGACGAGGCGGACAUCGACCUGGGCGUCCGGUUUGCCGACAGACCCAGAAAGGAGGAAGGAGAAGAGGAGGAGGAGGAGGAGCAAGUGCAUGCCGAAGUGGCAGAGAUCGACCAGGUCAAGUAG